AUGGCGACCGUCUCCGGGCCAGAAGGCGACGGCCGACGGCGCUCCAUCGAGAAGUCGCCAAUCGUCAUCAUGUCCGAUGGCGACGACGACGACGACGACCCGACCGCCUUUGAGAGGCUGCCCGACGAAAUCAUCGAGCAAAUCCUCCAGGCGGCCGACUCGAAUGGCUUCGCAUCGCUGUCCCUGCUCAACGCAAAAUGGAGGAGUGUCGCCCAGCAGGCUCACUUGUAUGCUCAUCAUCUGGCGAGUUGCCCGUCGUACGCUAUGAGCCACGGCGGAUCGCCGCCCGCCGCCUCCGAGAACGACCUGCCCCGGCUCCGGAAGCUGUUCGCCAAGGAGGUCAAGCGGAACCUGUUCGAGGCCUAUCUGCGGCCCAACAAGACCGUCAUCAAGGUCAUUUCAAAUUCAAUCAGCCCCUCGUCUUGUCCGGGCGGCGAAGGCAUCCAGUUCAAUCCCUCACCCAAGGGCCAUCACCUGCUGGCCUACAACUCGUCGCGCAUCCAUGUCAUCGACAUGCGCGCCCCCGAGAUCGCCGUCAAGCGCGAGUUCAAGAUCCUGCGUCGCCCUGCUGCCACCUGCAUCAACGACGAAGGCUCAUUGCUCGCCGUGCUACUGACAGAGAUGCAAGUUGACGUAUACGACCUGACCGAGACGCCUCCGAAGCGAAACCGGUCCAUCAUCCUUGACCACAGCCCUCGCGCCAUCGCCAUCUCCCCGUGUGGUUCGGUUCUGGCUGCCGCCUACGAAGGCGGUAUCGAGGUGUCUUCGCUCAACCCCGGGGCCCUCUCCACCGAUAGACGAGCAGUCAAGUGCGACGGAGUCGAUGCUCUGACUUUCUCCUUUGACGGCACCCAGAUCCUAGGAACCACGGUCUCGUCGUCGCAGCCCAACACGGUCAUACUAACAGCCCCUUAUUACGACCCGGGAAGUCAUAUGGCCGACGAUAACAUCAGUGCGCUGUGGACUACGUCGAUUCUCUUUCCGAACACCAGCCGUGACUGCAGCCAUGCUGUUCUGAUUCAGCACGGCAAGUAUGAAGAGGCCGGCUGGACGUUUACGUACGAUCGCAGCUUCGAGACCUUCCGAGCGGUCCGCAUCGACGAUCUCCGUAACGGCACCACGUAUUUCACCGGGCCAGUGCCUAGCCCAACCUGCCAGGCCAAGCUGAUCCCAUGCACACUGCCGGCCGCUUCGUAUUACGGCGAGCUUGUCUCGGCCGGCUUUCAGGGUAAUGACAUUUGGCUCUACGGCAUCCCUGAAGACCUCGAUGCCAUCUCCGACACGUCCAACGCUGGCAGCGACAACGCGCAGACUGGAAAUAGCCUCUCCCGCCGCAACAGCGGUCCGUCGGUGCGAUCAGCGCAGCGGAUGCAAGAGAACUGCGACCCGAGCAGAGUGCCUCAGUGGCAAAUUCUUUGCGACAAACUUCGGAACACUUUUGUGGGAGGCUACAAAAUCGAUGAGCUCGACGGCGUUAACAUGGUCAAAUGGGUUGCCGACUUUGGCGAUUCGUCGAUGAAGGAACGUCUGGUUGUUGCUGCCCGGGGAGUCAUACCUGGGCUGUCGAUUACCGACGACGAGGGAAUCGAUUUUGUGGACGGAGGACGACUUACUGUCAUCGAUUUCGACUAUGGUGUCGAAGACGGUGGGGUCACCGAGUGCACUAUCGAAGUGGGGGCAAUAGAGCCCGAAGUGCUUGAGGAAGAGCAUCGGGAUAUGGAUACCGAGGUGGCAAUCGUCCGCCGCAGGACGGUUGCUCAAAGGAGGGGGAACCGUAGUACCCUCAUGCGUGCUGCAACAACGGCGGCUCGCGGUCAAUCAUCUUCUGCCCAGUCUGCAGCAACAGACGAGGAUGAGGACGAUGACCCCCUUUUGCCCCGUAGAAUGCGGGCUCCUCCCCCUCCUCGAGCUGCAGAGCCCCCCGCGGUGGGCGAGGAGACGGAAACGCAAUCGAUCAUUGAGGAGCAGGAGGCCUUGGAUGCCCCCUAUUCUCAUGCAAGCCCGCGGUCGGGCACCACCCUCCGGCGUGCCGCCACCGCCGCCGCCGUGAACCGUCGGAUGCACCCGCAGGCGACGGCAGGUCAUAUCGAAUACCGCAGGGCCGACGGUCGAGCCGAGCAUCCGCACGAGAGUGACGCGGACAACUGGGUGCCCCCGCCGCCUCCGUAUCAGAAAGAUGAUCCUGGUGAUUUGCCAGCCUUCUUACGUCAUGCGGCUAUUGGACCCGCUGCAGCCCCUGAUGCGCAGACCGAAGAGCAAUUCCCGAAGCAACAGCCCACCCGCAACCGGCCAGUAACUCUCCAGCAGCCUCUCCGCCAGCCAUCCACCCAGCAACCAGCUCGAAGCCGUCCGCUCACUCUCCAGCCGCGCCGCACUCAAACGGUGAGCGCUAGCUAUCGUGACGCUCCACCAGUUCCACCCAUCCCGCCCGUUCCAUCUCUUCCAGCUUCCAUUCCUCCUGUUCCGCCAAUUCCGCAGGUUCACCUUUCUGUCCGGCCACCACAGGCUCGGGCUCCGCAAGCCCCACAGGAUUCGCAAUCACCUUCGCACGAACGAGAGAUAAGCGGGUCCUCGCUCCAGCCUCCCCAGGACAGCGGUUCGCGCCCGGGCUCGAGCGACUCUCGAUACAUGGAGGGAGAGAACAUCUAUGACGUCUCACCGCCCGACUCGCCGACCGCGCGAGAUCUGGCUGCGAGCGUAAUCGUAGGCGGUCCUCUAGCUAGCAGCGAUGCAGUCGUCACGGGGGCUCCCAUAUCGCCCGUUGUUUCAAACCAACAAGAUCCUCGAACAUUGCUUCGCAUCCAAACAGCGCCUGCUGCUCCGCAAUCUCAAUCUGGCCGGCCUCCAGCGCUUGAUUUACAUAUCCCGUCUCCCUCAGUCAGCAGAGUCGCAGCAUCGCAAAACACGGCACUCGCCACGAACAGCGCUCCGGUCAGACGGCUGUCUAAUUCUAUGACGUGGCCGCUGCAGAAUUCGGAAGACGUCCUCAAUGUGAUAGCCGGUCACCCAUAUUCGGCGCCUCCUGUUGGCAUAAACACCGACAACAUGGCACAACCCUUCCCUCUUCCCCGGCCUGACCAACUGGCGAGUUUAAAUAACCGCUCAGAAGCGCCCAAGCGAUUGUCGGGGGCCUUCCAGCGGGUGCCAGUGGGUAGCCGCACCAGCGACGAGUACCGACGGUUGUCGUACCAGCGGCCACUCUCGCAGCAGCAACAGUACUCGCAACAGCAAUACCCGCAGUUCCAGCAGCCGCGCUUUCAGCCAUAUCACGCCCCGGCCCUGAUUUACGAACCACAACCGCGGCACCCUCAAGACAUCAUGGCAGGGCGGCACCAGGAGGAGAUGCCCCUCAUCAUCAGCACGCCCAAGGGUGUGUCGGGUGCUUUUGACACGCCAGACCAGCGCAUUUCGGGACAGCGGGCUGAGACGCCGAUUCUAGCGCCCGUGCCGCGCCACCCGCGCCCCGUGACGCAGCCCGCCGUUCUCCGUCCCACGAUGGAGCGACUCGAGACGAUCUACAGCGUGGCGUCGGUCAACGGUGGGCACCAUCAAACCCUAGCCGAACAGUCACGCCUUAGAGUACCUGGAGCGCCGGAGUCCACUUCGUCGACGGUGCGCGUCGCUAGCUUAAACAGGAAGCAGAGCCGGGCCGAACGCAGCGCGGCUAAGAACAUUGCCGACGCCAAGCGGCGUGGAUGGACGGGCCGUUCGCGGUCGACUAGGCGCAAGAAGAAGGAGCGCGAUUUCGACGUGGCGAGCAGCGCGGGAUGGACCGACGUGACGACAUUUAGCACGCGGUCCAUGGGCUUUGGACGCCGAACCGGCGGCAGCGAGCCUGUGGCGGGGCAGCAGAGCAAAGGCGACAGGAAGUGUGUGGUGAUGUGA